AUGUUCACAGAAGAUUACAUUCAGCGUACCCUUUACAUCUCAUCACGCGGUCUAUCACGAGCAGGUCUCGUCGUCCUUGCCUUUAGUCUUCUGAACAUCGUCCUUUCGCUCUAUGGCACCCUUCUCUGGGCAUUGGAUGCUCCUGGUUACAUCUUCAAAGCUUCAACUGCCACAAUCGCCGACUACACGGAUUUGCGGAACGAGAAUCCACCAUACAUCGUUCAGUUGUCUUUAGACCCCUCCCGUAUUGACGAUUCUACACAGAGGCUGUCGCAGAUUAUUGGAUCUGACCUCUUUCAACCCGGACUGAAUUACACCUUGACUGGCCAAGUCUCCAAUGAGGACGGCGCGCCAGAAGUUGUUCCACAGACAGGACCAGCCGAUGUGGGUGCUCGGGUCUGGCUCGAUGAUGAUGGUCUCUCUGUCUCCAUUGACGUCAACCUCGUGUACUCCCCCAACCCAGUAUUGAAGGACAAGGGCUACGAUGUGAACACCACCGAUGGUGACGGAUACACGGUGUGGGAGAGUACAUUUGACAAUGUCUUCUCCCAUGACUUUAUUGAAAACAUCGCUGGGAAGCCCGAGGUCCAUUGGGACACCGCCUCGGAUAGGCUGGCUGAUUCCAGAUACAUCUUGCCCAACAGAUACGAUAACAUAUGGUACUCCUUUGGUUCAGGUGGUGGCUCAGCUCUUAUGAACCAGGUCUUUACAGUGACCAAGGGCAAGAGGCGUCACACUUUCUUUCAGUCCACGUUCAAAACGACUAUGCUCACAACCUUUGGAGAUCCUCUGGCUGAGAAAGAUGUGUCAGACCUUGUAGAACGGACAGGACAUUUUGAUCACGAUUACAAAAAGAUGCUUUCCUCUAGCCGCAUCAUCGAUAACAUGAUGAGUGCUCAAAACCAAAACAUGAGCUAUCAUUAUGGUCUCAACACAGUUUCGAACAGCAAAAGGUCUACGUUACAAAACACAUGGGGUUUCUACACAGUAGAAACCAACGGCAGAUUCUUGUAUACACUUGUCCGUCUGACGAGCACUAACAUGACCCUCAUUCGAUCCGAAAACAUUUCGAAAGCGCCAGAGCCACAGGAGAAAUGCGAGAAGGCAAACUUUCAGGAUGAAGCCUACGGUGGCAAGUUCGGCCGAUCUGACUGUCUCGGUAACUUGGCCGUGGAUGAUCCGAGGUUUUUCGGCCUGGUUGACACUGCUGCGGUGAUGGUCGCUCACGAUCUUGGCGAUGGACGAUCUAAUAUCAGCUCCAAGUCACUGGACAACAAUGCCUUGACCUGGAUCCGGGAUAAUGCUGAAACUGUGGAAUCACUCCUAAUUUCAAGAGCUUACAGUGUCGGCAUCGACCCGUCUCUUGUGUACAUCAGCGUGGACAAACUCAUUGUUGCCGUGUCUUAUCUCCAGCUAGCUCUAAGCUGCCUGGCCCUGCUCGUCGCUAUAGUUUUAUGGAUUGCUCUCAUGAUCUUCGCUGAUGCCCACUGGGCCAGCUCACUGUUGGCCAAUCUGAUCCAUACUACAACAGAGACGGGCGGCUCAAAGCCUGGGUAUAUGAUGCGUGAUCCCAAUGUAACCUUGCAGCCCAUGGGGAAAAGAAAGCUUCUGGCAGUGAAGGGAGGGCAGGUCACUCUGUGUUCUCCUACCUCCACUUACGGAGAACAGACAACCGGUUAUGUUGAUGAUACGAAAGGUCGGAUGACAGCAGAGGGCUAUCCUGUGGUUUAUACCCAACCUUACAACGGAGGAGAAAGACUGAUGGCAGGAUUUGAUCGAACACAAGCAUGA